AAAAUUAAAAUGCCUUUGAUUGAUUAUUCUAUUAUUUUACUGUCUUAUAUUUCAACUUGUUAUUAUGUCUGAAUUGAGUACAAUCAUAAUUGGUAUAGAGAAAAUCAGCAGGAAUGAUGAGGAGGUUGAAUUUGUUGGAAGGCAUGAAUUGAGUACAAUCAUAGGUUGAUGAGGAUGAGAUUUAUUGGAGACACAGGAAGGAAGAUGAAGAGUUGGAAUGGUCACAUGAUUCCACUCGCUUAAUAGCUCAGUUGACUCAAUGUUUUUCUACUGCUAUGGUUGGAUCACGAUCAUGGAUAGGAGGAUUCUUUCACCGAACAAACACUAAACAAAAUGAUAAGUUUGUUGACUAUCCUUUGACUCCUCUUGAGGAAGAAAGACUUCAACGGCUUCAAGAGCGGCUGGAUGUUCCUUACGAUGAAACUAGCCUUGACCAUCAAGAAUCAUUGAGAGCUUUGUGGAAUUGUGCCUUUCCUAAUGUUACUCUAAAAGGUUUGAUAUCUGAACAAUGGAAAGAUAUGGGAUGGCAAGGUGCUAAUCCAUCCACCGACUUUAGGGGAUGUGGCAUCAUUUCCCUUGAAAAUCUGCUGUUUUUUGCAAGGAAAUAUCCGGCAUCUUUUCACAGGCUGUUGUUGAAGAAAGAUGGAGACCGAGCAACGUGGGAAUAUCCAUUUGCUGCUGCUGGCAUUAAUAUAUCUUUUAUGUUGAUACAGAUGUUAGAUUUAUGCUCAGAAGGAAAGCCUCGAUGUCUUCCUGGCAUGAAUUUUGUCAAGUUAUUAGGCGAAGAUGAAGACGCGUUUGAUGAUUUAUACUGUAUAGCUUUUGAAAUGGUGGAUGCACAAUGGCUGGCUAUGCAUGCUUCGUACAUGAAUUUUAACGAGGUUCUACAAGCAACACGGAAGCAAUUGGAGAGAGAGUUAUCCUUAGAAGACAUCAACAAAAUACAAGACUUGCCGGCUUACAAUCUAUUGUACCAAUAGCUCUGAUCUUUCUCUUCUGUUCGCACACAACAAAUUCCAAGCGGCACAAUUUUGUAAGCACUGCAGAAAAUUCGAUUACAAUGUCCAUCCUCAUUGAACUGAAGAGUUUACUCGUCUUCUCAAUGGAUUUGUAUGAGUCAUUUCUGUAGUUGUUUAUAGCUGAUAUUUGGCAAAUGAGCUUCUGACAAUGAAAUGGAUUUUCGAGAUACAGAUGCAGUUUGAAAUGGCAGUUGCACUUCUUAUAAUCCGAAGGAACCAUUGAUGAUUUGAUGAGAUGUGAGUCCAAAAUUGUAAAAAAAUAUUAAUUGAAUUAAAAUCUUGAAGAUAUAAUAUUGGUGAGAUUAGAAGGAACAAAUGCAAUGCAAAAGUUCAUAAACUUGUGCACACCUCUUGCUUCACCUUGUUGUCUAUGCCAUUGCUGCUAAUACAAACUCUUAUAGUUGUAUAUUGUUAUCUUUCUAUUCUGUCAACAAAUAUGGAGGACAUUAGUUGAUUUAGUUUGA